UCAAACCAAACCAAAAGUUAUUGAAUGCUUGUCUAUGGACAAAUGGUUCGGAGAGAAACGUCUCUGGCUGUUUGGUAACCACCUUCCACUUCUGCCCAGAAGACCACAAGGUAGCAGCAAAAUGGAUCGCUACGAGAAGCUCAGUCGGCUGGGCGAGGGCUCCUACGGCGUGGUCUACAAGUGCCGGGAUCGGGAAACGGGUGCUCUGGUGGCGGUCAAGAGGUUCGUGGAGUCCGAGGACGAUCCAGCCAUUCGAAAGAUUGCACUGAGAGAGAUUAGGCUACUAAAGAACCUGAAGCAUCCGAACCUUGUCUCCCUGCUAGAAGUGUUCAGACGGAAGCGGCGCCUCCACCUGGUCUUCGAGUUCUGCGAGCUGACCGUGCUGCACGAACUGGAGCGCCAUCCACAGGGCUGUCCGGAGCACCUGACCAAACAGAUCUGCUACCAGACGCUGCUGGGCGUGGCCUACUGCCACAAGCAGGGCUGCCUGCACCGCGACAUCAAGCCGGAGAACAUCCUGCUCACCGCCCAGGGCCAGGUGAAGCUGUGCGACUUCGGCUUCGCCCGCAUGCUCAGUCCGGGUGAGAACUACACGGACUACGUGGCCACCAGGUGGUACCGGGCGCCGGAGCUGCUGGUGGGCGACACUCAGUACGGCACACCCGUGGACGUCUGGGCCAUCGGUUGCCUCUUCGCCGAGCUGGUGCGUGGCGAGGCCCUCUGGCCAGGACGCAGCGACGUGGACCAGCUCUACCUGAUCCGCAAGACGCUGGGCGACCUGCUGCCACGCCACAUCCAGAUCUUCGGGCAGAACGAGUACUUCAAGGGCAUCACGCUGCCAGUGCCGCCCACGCUGGAGCCGCUGGAGGACAAGAUGCCGGCCAAGUCGCAGCAGAACCCCCUGACCAUUGACUUCCUGAAGAAGUGCCUGGACAAGGACCCAACCAAGCGCUGGUCCUGCGAGAAGCUCACAAAGCACUCCUACUUCGACGACUACAUCGCCAAGCAGCGGGAGCUGGAGCACGUCAACAGCCUGGAGGCGGCCAAUCUCCGCCAGCAGCAGCUCGCCUCCCAGCAGUUCAUGCUGGCCACGGCCGCCCAGCAGCUCCAGACGGGUCCUGCCCAGGCGGCGGCCAUCGCGGCUGCCCGGGAUAAAUCAAAGACUUCAAACACAUCACUACCGCUGCUGCCUAGCACGCAGCAUCAUCACCACCCGCAUCAAGAUUACGUGAAGCUGCAGCCGCUGAACAAGAAUGCAAACCUGCUCCAUCGCACCGAGCAUCAUCUGCCCACAAUUUGAGUUUGAGUUGAGUGCGGGGAGAGAUUGUAACGAAGUAAGGUCCUUGAGCGGAAAUUGAGCCCGAAAUUUAACUUAUUUACUGCUGGGA